GGCGAGGAAGAGGUGUUUGUGCGCGAUACCGCGGCUGCUGCUGCUGCUGCUGCUGCUGGUGGCUCUGCGUCCUGCUGCUGCCAUUUCGGAUGAUCACACGGAGAUACCAGCAGCUCCCAUCAUAAGCUGAUGCGCGCACUCAGCAGCUAGCUUGUGUACUUUUUAAACCGUGAUGCCAGACGGGUUCAUGUGCGUCAUCUUAGGGGGGUUAUUUCUGUAAGUUGCUGCAUCACAGCUACCGACAGCCUCAGGGGUCAUUUUCAGGAGACACAAUCUUCAACAUGGAGCUUGUUUUUUACUGCAGCUGAGCUCUGAAUCAAGAUUAAACUCACAUGAGACAUGGAGACAAUAUGGCUGUACCAGUUCCGUCUGAUCGUCAUCGGAGACUCCACGGUGGGCAAGUCGUGUCUCAUCCGGAGGUUCACGGAGGGCCGCUUCGCCCAGGUGUCAGAUCCCACCGUGGGGGUGGACUUCUUCUCUCGCCUGGUGGAGAUCGAGCCGGGAAAGAGGAUCAAACUUCAGAUCUGGGACACUGCGGGGCAGGAGAGGUUCAGGUCCAUCACCAGAGCGUACUACCGUAACUCGGUGGGCGGCCUUUUGCUCUUCGACAUCACGAACCGCCGCUCCUUCCAGAACGUCCAUAACUGGCUGGAGGAGGCGCGAAGCCACGUCCAGCCGCACAGCAUCGUCUUCCUGCUCGUCGGCCACAAGUGCGACCUGGAAGCCCAGCGGCAGGUGACCCAGCACGAGGCGGAGAAGCUGGCGGCGGCCUACGGGAUGCGUUACGUGGAGACAUCCGCACGGGAUGCUAUCAACGUGGAGAAGGCAUUUGUGGAUCUGACGAGGGAAAUCUUCGAGCUGGUCCGAAACGGUGACAUCCAGAUCCAGGACGGCUGGGAAGGCGUCAAAAGCGGAUUUGUUCCCAACACGGUCCAUUCCUCCGAGGAGGUCACCAAAGGGAGUCGGCAGUGUUUCUGCUGAUGGAUGCAGAUCUGGAAAGUGGUAUAAAUAUAACCUCACC